GAUUGCAAGAUUACAAAGAAAGGGGCUUCAUUUUAUGAGUUCAGAAGAAAUUCUAGAUCUGUGAAAUCAACGAUUCUUCAUUUUCAGUUACGGAACUUGGUUUGGGCUACAUCAAAGCACGAUGUCUACCUUAUGUCACAUUUUUCAGUCGUUCAUUGGUCUUCAUUAACUUGCAGCAGGUCUCAGGUUCUCAAUGUUUCUGGCCAUGUGGCACCAACCGAAAAACACCCUGGUAGUCUGUUGGAAGGAUUUUCGCAGACUCAAGUGAGCACUCUUGCUGUAAAAGAUAAGUUGCUAGUUGCUGGUGGAUUUCAGGGAGAAUUAAUUUGCAAGCAUCUGGAUCGACCAGGAGUGAGUUUUUGUUCUCGUACAACAUAUGAUGAUAAUGCUAUUACCAAUGCGGUUGAUAUUUAUGUCAGUCCCAGUGGUGCAGUCCAUUUCACUGCCUCAAAUAAUGACUGUGGUGUCAGAGAUUUUGAUAUGGAAAAGUAUCAACUCUCUAAGCAUUUCCGUUUUCCUUGGCCAGUGAAUCAUACUUCGCUGAGUCCUGAUGGUAAACUUCUAAUAAUUGUUGGAGACAACCCAGAAGGUAUGUUGGUGGAUUCUAAUACUGGAAAGACCGUCAAUCAGUUGUCUGGGCACUUGGACUUCUCGUUUGCAUCAGCAUGGCACCCUGAUGGUGUCACAUUUGCUACAGGAAACCAAGACAAAACCUGCCGAGUUUGGGAUUUACGGAAGCCAUCUGAGUCUGUUGCUGUUUUGAAGGGCAACCUUGGAGCUAUCCGGUCCAUUCGCUAUUCAUCCGAUGGUCGUUAUAUGGCAACAGCUGAGCCUGCUGACUUUGUGCAUGUGUAUGAUGUUAAAAGUGGGUAUGAGAGGGAGCAGGAAAUCGACUUCUUUGGUGAGAUAUCGGGGAUAUCAUACAGUCCAGACACAGAGGCUCUGUUUAUUGGCGUUUGGGACCGAACAUAUGGUAGCCUCCUGGAAUACGGUCGUUGCCGUAACUACUCAUACCUUGAUUCCUUAAUUUGAGAUGGCUGUGGAAAUUGCAAAUAAGUGGUGUGUUGGUGCAGUGUGUACUUUGGUUCAAUUUAGAAACUUAGUAUCAUGCACAUGCAUAUUUAGUAGGGAGAUAAAAUGUAGUUGUAAAUGUAAUAUGAUGUGCAAUUUAGGGGUUGUUGUUUUAGUUGUUGUAGUCCACUACUGGUGGAGUCGAGUUGAUGAUGAUCAUAAAGUGGAGGGGAUGUACAGAAGGCUAGAAAGCAAGUAAGCACUGUUCCAUUUGAAUCAUAAAGACUUGACAGAGACAGACAACUUUGGCAUCCUGGUUAACAGGACAAUUAAUUUCAUCAAUCAUUCCUGCCUUUUUCUAUGUAUUAA